CUCUUUCCACAGACGGCUAUGGGGUGUCGGACUGUGCUGCUAUAUAUCUGCCUGGCGUUGCAGUUGAUGGGCGAACAGGCGCAGGCGAGUAAGGACCGUAGAGAAGAGGCUGGAAGCGCGGAUCUCCUGAGCCACCGGCAGUACGAGCAUUUGCAGAAGCAGCUUGGGGCCGUGCGGGACGUUUCCCGCCGGUACUGGCACUUGUUGGCCUGCCAGUUGUGGCAGGAAGGCUGCGAGGAAGAGGAGGAGGGGAGGACGCAGCGUGAGGAAGAAGAGGAAGGCAGCAGAGGCAUCCUGGAACAGCAUGAUUGGAAGUUACCCAUGGUAACUGAAUUAGUCUCUACCUGGUACUGUGGCUUUGGCAGGUGCUGCCCAACAGGAGACUGCAGAGUGGUCAACAAUAUCACAGGCUUGGAACUGGUUCUGAGCAAACGGCUCCAUGGCCAACAUUUGGCAAAAGAAAUUGUCCUGAAAGCUGUUCAGGGUUUCCUGGAAACACCACAGCCAAAGAAAGCGUUAACUCUUUCUUUUCACGGCUGGUCUGGAACUGGCAAGAACUUUGUAGCUCGUUUAAUGGCAGAACAUCUUUAUCGAGAUGGCCUAAAAAGUGACUGUGUUAAAAUUUUCAUCUCAGGACUUCAUUUCCCUCAUCCCAAUUACCUGGACCUUUACAAGGUCCAGCUAACAAAACAAAUCACCGAGACAGCCCAACUCUGUGAACAAUCCUUGUUCAUCUUUGAUGAAGCAGAGAGGUUUCACCCUGAUAUCCUCAAGGUCCUCAAACCAUAUGUGGGUCACAGUUGCAACACUGACAAGGUUCAUUACCGGCGGUCCAUCUUCAUUUUCCUGAGCAACACUGGUGGCAACAUCAUCAAUAAGGUGGCCCUGGAUUCCUGGCAAGCUGGUCAAGCUAGAGAGGAGAUCACCCUGGAACAUUUAGAACAAGUUCUGCGAAGAGAGCUGCUGGAUGCCCCAGAUGCCGACAACUGCCUUCUUCAGGAGAACCUCAUAGACUUUCUGGUACCUUUCCUACCUUUGGAAUAUCACCAUGUGAAGCUCUGUGCUCGGGAUGCUUUUCUUGCUCGAGAUCUACAGUUCACUGAAGAGAUGCUAGAUGAGGUUGCAAGGACGAUAUUCACUCCCAAGAAAUUAUUUUCUGCUCAAGGUUGCAAAUCAAUAUCUCAGCGUAUAAACUACUUUCUUCUUUGACAGGGGAAGGUAAAGAAGAUUGCAAUUGAGUUUAUUUUUUU